GACAGCCGGCACUAGCCUUGAGCUCACUUCAGCAGCCUUGUGUUCACCGAAAGCUAUACACUCAACUCCUACAAUCCGCUAUGCGUGUGAUUGAUUGUUGAUAUGGCUUUAACUUCUGUAGGUUCAAUUAUAUCAUUUAAUUUUGAUUUUACUAACAAUUUUAGUGGAAAACGUUCGAUUUCUUCGAGGUCAGCCAAGUUAAACCGCCAGAUGAUGAGAGUAAAUCUAUCUUCGAGAACAAUGAAAUUAGCUGCGUAUGCUCCGGUUCCGAGAACCUCUUCGUCGGAAGUUAUGAUGGCACUGUGCGAAUCUUGUCCUCAAGUUUUAAGAUUCUGCGAACAUUCCUAGCACACGAUAUUGGGUCAAUAACACACAUGAAACAAGUGGAAGGCACAUCCUUGCUAGUUACAAUAGCUGUGGGUGGGAAUGUAUAGUGACACAACAUCAGAGACUGAUGUAUUCUAGGAAGAUUUAUCACACGAACCAGUUCUGAAAGUAUGGGCAUUGGACAAACCUGUGAAGAAGACUGGUCUACCGACAUGUCAAUCGACCUUGGUAAUUCAAAAUGGAAGGAAACAGUUUCCUGUCAGUGGCAUAUCUACGGAUUCUAGAUACUGGCUAAUGCAUACCAGAUAUCUGCUUUCACCGCAAUGGAUGAUCUUUCACAAUUGGCCGUUGGCUUUGGGAAUGGAGCAGUGACCGUUAUAAGGGGAGAUUUGAUCCAUGAUAGGGGAGCUAAGCAAAGAACAGUACAUGAAUCCGAAGAACCAAUUACUGGACUUGCAUUUCGCGAAGAAGAACGACUCAUUAAUUUGUACGUCGCCACAACUUCAAAACUUGUGAAGCUUGUGAUAUCAGGAAGAACUGGUCAAUCAGCUAGACCUGUUGAAGAUUCCGGAUGUGGUGUGGGUUGUAUGGCGGUGGAUAAAAAGAAUAGUGACAUAUUGGUAGUCCGAGAUGAUGCUAUCUAUUACUAUAGAGUCGACGGUCGAAAUUCCUGUUAUGGUUACGAUGGUUCGAAAAGCCUGGUAGCAGUUUAUGGGGAUUAUGUUGCGAUAGUCUCUCCCCCCGCUACAUCAAUCACGACAAAAUCCAGUACCCUUCGGCGAUUUGGUGGGGGCCAUGCAGAUGAUUUAUUCAACACGUCGACAUUUACCUUAUUGGAUACUGAUCUCAAAUUUGUGGCCCACUCCGAAUCAUUAGUUUCACACGUUAAAGACUUAUUCAUCAUUUGGGGUGAUUUAUUUACAUUGACACUAGAUGGAAAAGUUAGUAGUCCCAGUCGAUGUAUUGAUUGGAGCUGACAAUAUAUUAGAUACAUCGUUAUCAUGAAAAACCAUUACAACAGAGACUUGAGACUCUGUACCAAAGGAAUCUUUACGUUCACGCAAUCAAUUUGGCUCAGAAGGCUGGUAUGGAUUUCAAGCAGCAAAACAUAAUUUUUCGAAAAUCAGGAGACUUUUUAUAUCAAAAAGGAGACUAUGAUGGUGCCAUGCAACAAUAUCUAAAAGCAAUUGAUAGCACGGAGCCAUCACAAGUUAUUCGAAAAGUAUGUUGGUGCCUAUGAUUUUUGUUAGGCUAUGGCUAACACUCUUAGUACCUUGAUACUCAACGUAUCCACAAUUUGAUCGAAUAUCUUGAGGAGCUUCAUGAACAUCACAAAGCAACAGCUGAUCAUACCACUUUAUUGUUGAACUGUUACGCUAAAUUAAAAGAUAUUGAUAAACUGGAGAAGUUCAUCAAAUCUCCAGGCGAUCUUAAAUUUGACCUUGAUACCGCUAUUACAAUGUGCAGACAAGGUGGUUACUAUGAACAAGCCGCAUACCUUGCAACCAAGCAUGGUGAACAUGAGUUAGUAGUGGACAUAUUAAUAGAAGACUCGAAACGAUACCCAGAAGCUUUACAAUACAUAUGGCGGUUAAAUCCUGAUUCUGUAAGAUUAUUUCCGCAGUGAUUAGAAAAAUAUGCUGACAUUUUAAAAGGCCUAUCCAAUUCUCAUGAAAUAUGCAAGAGUUCUUUUGGGACAUUGUCCAAAGGAUACAACACAGAUCUUCAUUGACUACUAUACAGGACAUUACAGGCCAAUGAAAGACGUUGUUAUAACAUCAGAAGCACCGGUACAACAUGCUGGAUAUGCUGCUGGUGCCGCAGGUGUUGCCGUCAAUGCUGUUGCAAAUAUGAGAGAUUUAAUCCCACUUCCUUUUAUGAAUACGUCCACUAUCACUUCACCCGCAACAAUAGGCAAUGUUCAUUCUACACCAGCCGAUGGUCAGGUGAUUGAAGUUAUUGAACCACCACCACCAGUUUACAAUCCACCACAACCAAGGACCGCCUUUUCUUCUUUCGUGGAUCAUCCAGAGGAAUUCAUUGUAUUCUUAGAGGCAUGUCUUAAAGAUCCGGGUUUGAAGGAACGUGAUAAGAUUGAUCUUUACACAACUCUAUUUGAGAUGUACCUCCACAAAUCAAAUCAGAAGAAUGGACGCAAUCGAGAAGAAUGGGAAAGUAAAGCAAAGAAACUAAUUGAGGGUGAAGAUAUCCCAAUCGACAUUUCGAAUGUACUCCUACUUUCCCAUCUCUCCGAUUUCAAGGAUGGUACCACUCUCGUCCGUGAACAAGCUGGUUUACGUUUCGACAUCUUUCGAUCGUACACUGCUGCAAAGGACACUGCUGGUGCAAUUAAAGCUUUACGCAAGUAUGGUCCUGAAGAGCCACAAUUGUAUCCAGCAGCUCUAGCAUAUUUCACAUCAGAUCCGAGAAUUUUGGAAGAAGCAGGAGAUGAAUUGGAUGCAGUAUUAGAAAAGAUUGAUACUGAUGGACUCAUGGCUCCACUGCAAGUGAUUCAAACACUAAGCACUAAUGCAGUAGCUACCAUGGGCAUGAUAAAAACCUACCUUCAACAAACAAUUCAACGCGAACGCAAAGAAAUUGCCACCAAUCGUCGCGUCAUCAAUUCUUAUCGUACAGAUACUCAAACUAAACGACAAGAAAUCACUGAACUCUCCACCAAACCUCAAACUUUUAAUGCAACUCGCUGUUCUUUUUGUGGCAUGCAAUUAGAUCUUCCCACGGUUCAUUUCUUGUGUAAACAUAGUUUCCAUCAAAGAUGUCUAAAGAAUGAUGAUGAAGGUAAUGUGGAAGGAGAUUGUCCAACUUGUAAAAAGGAAAAUGAUACAAUCAAGGCUAUUAGGAGAGGUCAGGAUGAAACUGCGGAAAGACAUGAUUUGUUUUUGGAUAUGCUGGGGAGGAGUAGGGAUAAAUUUGGGACGGUGGCGGAGUUUUUUGGGAGGGGUGUUAUGGAGGUUCCGGGGGUGGAAUGAGGAGGGAGGAGGGGAGAGGAGAGGGAUGAUGUGGUAAGAUAG